AUGGGGGUAAAUACGCUGGCCAAAAUUGGGAUGGCGGAAGCAGAAGGAGAGAGGGGGAAAAUCCUUAACACUUGCAGAGUAAAACGAGCAAGCCAAGCGGCACCGGACCAGGGGCACCUCCGGCUUCGCCGCCGGUGGCUGUACUUCCAGUCCGAGGAUGUCCGCUCGGCGCGCGUACCUCGGUGCGAGCUUCCCCCGAGCUCUUUGUUAACGGAGGGUGGGGAGAAAGCGGGGCAGGCGCCUAGCGCACCGGGCAGCGGCGGCUUGGGGGGUGGGGCGGGGACGGCCCAACGAGUUGCUCGCCUCGCUGCCCUUCCCCCACCGCCCGGCCGCAGCCCCUGCCGGCCGCCCAGGUCUCGUCCAGCCUCACGGCCGGCGCUCCCCGGCCCGGGCCGCUCCGCAUGCCUCGCCGCCUGCUGGGCUACUGAUGCCCUCCAUCCACACAAAGGCGCGUGCGCCCGGGCGGGGAGCGCAGGGGCUGGCACGCACCACCGGCGGGCCUUCUGUCUGCACCCCCUCUCCCGGCCGCCGCCGGCGCACUCCCACGGCCCCCACUCCCUCGUCUCUCGUCUGAGCCGCCAUUUGCUCCUCGCCUCCCCGACUCAGCUACCGGUCAUGAUCUCAUGGUUGGUGGGACCAAACCCCACGUGAGGCUCCGUGCUGAUUGUGAGGAGCCUGCUUGGGAUUCUCUCUCUCCCUCUCUCUCUACCCCUCCCCUGCUUGUGUACACACUCUCUCAAAAUAAAUAAAUAACAUUAAAUAUAAAAAAUAUACAUAAAUAAGUCACAAUGGUAAAGAUGUCAAUUUUUCCCUGUGGUAAACUGAAAAAUGGUCCCACCAAAAGAUAUCCAUGUCUCCAUCUCCGGGAUGUGUAAAUGUUACCUUAUUUGGAAAAAAGGUCCUUGCAGAAGUGAUUAAAUUAAGGAUUUUUAAAUGAGGGAACUAUCCUGGAUUAUCUGAGUGAGCCUAAAUGCCAUCAAAGGCACACUUAUAACAGAGAGGCAGAGGAUCUGACACUCAGAAGAGGGGAUAAUGUGACUAUGGAAACCGGAGCAAUGCAAAGAGAUCAAAAGUUAGCAGUUUUGAGUGGUAAAACCAUACAUAGGUAAUUUAUAUUUUUCUUUUUAAUUACCUGGUCUUUUUAAAACAAACAUGCACUGAUUCUAAAAAGAUGUACUUAAAUGUAUAUGAUUGCUCUCUGUUUCAAUAGGAGCAAUCAACAUGUCUUCUUUUUCAAGAACAUGUUUUA